AUGACGGAAACUCAACCAAAAGAAGAAACGCUUAGUGAUCUUGAGAAGGAGUUGCGAAGUCAUCCGGCUUUCGCAAAAACCCUAGAGGACAUGAAAGACUCGCCCGCCCUUCAGGCGUUACAGGCACUAAAGUACGAGUCCGAGAAUCCCAACGAAAAUGCAAAGAGCUACAAGGAGGAGGGUAACUACCACGUGGAACGAGGCGAAUUCGACAAAGCAGUCACUGCCUACGGUGCCGGGAUAGCCGCAAAACCCACCGAUAAGAAGCUGCUUGCUGUACUCUACACAAACCGCGGCAUUGCACAGGCACGAAUGAAAAACUACGGUUCCUGUGUGCAGGACUGUAAGUCUGCUAUCAAGUUGGACGCUAGCCACACUAAGGCAUAUGUCCAGGCCGUGAAGACGCUUCUCCUCCUCUCGAAGUAUAAGGAGGCCGUGGAGAUGUGCAAAGCUGGUUUGGAGGUGUCACCUUCAAACGAAGCCUUAGCAGAUUUGAAGCGCAAAAGCGAAGAGCUGGAGAGUCGUGGCAUUGCGAUCAACAUGGAGCUUCCUCCAAUCGGACUGCCAGAUUCCGCUGGUGUUCAAAUCUCCUUUGAUCACCUCAACAAAAUUCACUGGCCCGUACUUUUCAUGUAUCCCGAAUUUGGACAAACCGACUUUGUCCAAGAUGUUGCCGAAUACGUGACUGUCAAACACUGUCUUAGCCAACUCCUAACUCCCUCCAAUCCGCCACCAUGGGAUGUGGACAAGCACUACACUACCUCCAUGGAUGAACUCGAGGUAGGUUUCCUGUACGCCGUCACCGGCCGGUUUCAGUACUAUGGCUUUUAA